AUGCCGAAUCGCGGUAAUAGGAACGUAGGAAUCAUCUCGUCUAACCUUGGUCCCAAUCACAACGACCCUGGUUUUCUAUCUAAGGACUUUCCACAUUCCCCCCCAAAGCUGUAUAUCACUGCCGAAGACAAUGAAUUCGAUCUACUCACUCUUAAUGAAUGGAGGAGUGAGGGGUUCAACGUCGAGUAUAUCCCUAUGGGCAACGGCGGUAAUGAGUAUCGAAUGAAGGUAGAAUCACUGGGCAAGAGCAACUUGGGUCCCUGCGAAACCUAUGGCAUCGUUGCGUAUGGCGAUGCAGCCAGCUUCUGCUUAGAGUACUUCCACGUACUCGAUAAUAAUCCCGAGUUCAAGCUCUGCUGUCUCAUCGCCUACUAUCCCACGCGCAUCCCGGACACGCGUACCAAAUUCCCGGGUGGUAUUCAUGUGCUUGUUCACCUUACCACCGGCGAAGAAGUUGGCAUCGUGAAGCAGACGCAAAUUGUAGGAAUCCAGGGGAAGAAAAGGACCGAUAAACGGAAAAUCGAUCGUGGCAUGGGCACUGGCGGAACAAUGCAAGCGUCAUAUCCGAGCUACACCUACAAUGCAGUACCUGGUUUUGCGGAACAUGACCUGGAUGAGUUCGACAGAGUCAGCGCAGAGCUUAGCUGGAGCAGAAGCCUAGCAACGGCGCAAAGGGCAUUUCGGAGAGAUGCCGACCUGGAAAAGGUGCUCGAGCAGAACGUUGAAAGUAAAUUCUACAACCACCACUUACAACAGACCUUGUCAACUUAUACGACCCACAAGAGCCCUCAUGUCACCUAUGUCCCUACCUUAACUGGAGCCAUUGGCUCGGAAGAGCUCCAGAGAUUCUAUUCCGAAUUCUUCAUUAACAGGAACCCUGAAUCCAUGAAACUCACUUUGCUUUCGCGUACGAUCGGUUCCGACCGAGUCGUCGAUGAGUUCCACGUCUCUUUCAAGCACACGCAAGAAACGCCCUGGAUACUUCCAGGGGUGCCUCCGACUAACAAGAAAGUCGAAAUUCUCAUAGUAAGCAUCGUGACUUUGCGGGGAGGCAAGUUAUACCACGAACACGUCUACUGGGACCAGGCCAGCGUACUAGUGCAAGUGGGUUUAUUGGAUCCGAAGGCAGUGCCGAAGAAAGCUAGCGAUGCGGGAGUUAAGCGGUUGCCAGUUAUGGGGAGGCGGGCGGCUAAGAGCGUACUGGUCGGCUACGACGAGAGUGACGAGGGCGAGGCCACGAACGAAUUGAUACCCGAGUGGGAUGACGACGCCGAUGACGACGUAGGUAACACAGCAGAUGAGGGCGAUAAGAGUAACGGUGCCAAGACUAAGGAGGUAGAAAAGGAUGAGGAGAAAAGAGAGGGAUUGGAGGAUGAGGAAGCUGAACAGUCGACACCAAGUCAAGAACAGCAUGAAGAUGCGAAAACACAGGGCGACUAA